AUGUCUAUUCCUAUGCAACGUCUGGGCGGUCGCGCGACGUUGAACGCUGACAACGGGUUCCGUUUAGCCUUUGCCCACGAUGACGACAGUAUUGAACAAGAGUACGAUCGAUUGAGAGACUUGGCGCGAGCCGAGGCAGAGAAGCGUAACGAUUGCUUCUCGCGCUCGCGACAGGCAUAUGAAGAUGGAGAUGGCGCUGGAGCAAAGGAGCUCUCCAACGAGGGCAAGGCGCACGCCGCGCGCAUGGACGACUACAACCAGCAAGCUGCUGAUUUUAUCUUCCGCGAGAACAACGCCGCUGGACGCGUAGGGGAAGACUCAAUUGAUCUCCACGGCCUUUUCGUCGAGGAGGCCGAAAGAAUUCUUGAGGAGCGUAUUCGUUCCGAUCAGGCCAACGGCCAGACACACCUGUACGCCAUUGUCGGCAAAGGAAACCACUCUGCUGGUGGUGUGCAGAAGCUCAAGCCCAAGGUUGAGGAGCUGUGCCAGGAACUCGGACUGCGAUACGAGACUGAUGAAGACAACACCGGAAGAAUAAUCAUCAACCUUCAGGGAGGACAGCCUGUUCCCCCCUCGCACUCUGGAGGCCAUGGCGGCUACCCUGGCGGACACCAGCACCACGGUGGACACCAGCAUCACCAGCCUCAGGAAGAGCAGAACGACGAUCUCAUUACCAUCAUUUUCAAGAAGCUGGAGAAGGCUUGCUGUACGGUCAUGUAA